AUUUUAGCCCAUAACUUUUGGUUAUCAAGAAAACCAUGGCGGCGAAACCCUCUAACGGUAUAACGACGUCGUUAAGAAGUUGGUGAAUCUCCUUAUCCGGCACCUCUUCCAAGUCCCCGAAGGAGCAACAACAUCAUGGCGGCGAAACCCUCUAACGGAGUCAUCCUUGAAGAACUGAGAAAUGGUGUGGCGGAGUUCGAACUCGUCUCGUCUCCAGUCACUUCAAUUUCUACCAACGUUUAUCGGAAUCCCAUACGAUCUGUUUUCAUAACUGACCACACCCAUCGAUUCUUCGCGCGAAUUGGACAAAAAAUGGAAGUUUCACCAGCAUUGAGCAAAGUGGAGAGCUUUAGGGUGCAUAAAGUUACUGGUGAUGGACGCUGUAUGUUUCGUGCUUUGGUGAAAGGAAUGGCUAUGAACAAGAGUGUUAAUCUUAGCCUCCGUGAAGAAAGAGAAAAUGCAGAUGAGCUACGCAUGGCAAUAAAAGAGGUGUUAUGUGAUAAUGAGAAAGAAAGACAUAAGUAUGAAGAAGCAUUGAUUGCUAUCACUGUUGAAGAACCCUUAAAACGUUACUGUCAACGCAUUGGACGACCAGAUUUUUGGGGAGGGGAGUCGGAAUUACUGGUGCUUUCCAAGUUAUGUCGCCAACCUAUUGUGGUCUAUAUACCUGAACAUGAGCAUUCAAGAGGCGGCUAUGAAUCUGGUUUUAUACCAAUAGCUGAGUAUGGAGCCGACUUUGGCAAGGGCUCAAGAAAAGAAAAAGGCAAGAAAGCUGUGAGGCUUUUGUACAGUGGAAGAAAUCAUUAUGAUCUCCUUGUAUAAAUAACUUUGUAUUAUAUUAUUUGAAAAUUUUAUUAUUUACAAGUUGUGUAACAACUUACUGUCGUUAUGCUUUGUGGUUAAGAAGGGGA